AUGCUCUGGUUCGGCUCCUCGUGCGACGACACGGCGUGCGCCCCCGUAGAUCCUCGCGCCCCCUCAACCCUGCGCCUCUCCGUGUCGCUGUCGCCCCUCGUCGCGACCUUUGUCCUCGUCGCCCUCGCCGCCCACCGACACCUCUUCCCGCGCCUGACCCGCGGCCACGAGGUCCGCGACGGCGCCGACAAUGUCCUCCCCGCCCACGCCCCGCCCUCGCUGCGCCAGGCCCACGCCGAGCACGGCCGCAAGAGCCUGCGCCGCCGCGUAGCUGCCGCCGCCUUUUGCUCGACCAUUGCCCUCGCCGCCGUCCUCGUCGAGCUCAUCCUCGCCGAGGUCGCCGACCUUAUGCCGCCGCGCGCCCGCGCCGUCGGCCUCGCCUUUGUCGUGCCCACGCUGCUCGUGCUGCUCGUCGGCGUCAUACCCUUUCUCGAGAUCCAGAGCGUCGUCGCCGGCCUCGGCUGGCGCUUCCAGCGCACCACAAAGGGCCGCCUGCCGAGGGCCGCCUGGACCAUCCAGGGCCUCGUCUUUGCCGCCUGGCUCUUCGUCUUCUGGAGCCUCGGCGCCCUCGUGCCCGUCGCCGCCAAGGUCGACACGGCCGGCGCGCGCAUGCGGGAUGCCGACGAGGCCACCCUCGCGUGGACCUGGGCCUCAUGCGGUCGAACCAGGCGGGCGUCGGCGCGCGUCGCGACACCGCUCGACCGCCUACUCGGCGUGACGCAGCACCUCUUCAGCUGCUACUGCGUGUACCGCAUCCUCGCGACGACGGUGACGACGCUGCGCCGCGCUCACGCGCCGGCCGCCGCCUUCAGCGCCUCGGACCCCAUCAACCGCGUCCUCGGCCUGCUGGCGCGCCACUGGGACCCCAAGCUCGACCAGCUCGCCUGGGCCCGCACCAUCAGCUUCCUGCUGAGCGGCGUCAUGCUCGCCGCCAGCGCCGGCUCCGCCACCCAGACCUUCCACCUCUUCGCCCGCUGGACCCCGGGCCUGCUGCGCCAGGCCCAGGCCAACCUCGCCCUGCUGACCGGCCAGAUUGCCGCCGUCUACGUCGUCAGCGCCGCCCUGCUGCUGCGCUCCAACCUGCCGCGCGACGUCGGCUCCGCCGUCGGCGACGCCCUCAAGAGCGCCCUCGACCCGGCCUUUGUCGACCGCUGGUUCGAGGGCUGGUUCCUCGUCAGCAGCGCCGCCACGGCUGUGGGCAUCUGGGUCGGCCGGAAGAUCGCCGGCGACGGCGAGGACUGGAUCGACGAUUAUGGCGGCGAGGAGGUCGGCCAGAAGCGGUCGUGA